GACCAAGUGUGUAUACGCGCCUUUUAUGUAAUUCCACAUUUUUAACCAGAAAACUAUUCGAAAGGAUUUAAAGGGCCAAAUACCCAAUAUUUUUUCCUCAUAAUAGUACAGAUUUUUUCAUCUAAGUAUUAGCAUUUAAAUUCAUGCCAUCUACACUGUUUUAAGAUUAGAUAGGUGGACAAAUACUGUUCUCCCUAUUUUCGAGUAAAUUUGUGCGUUUUGGGUAAAUUUUGGGGAAUUCUCGACAAAAAAUUUCAAAACAUUUCUGGGUAAAUGAUACAAAAAACCUUAAAAUCUCAAGCAUGGUGUAAAUCCUCAAAAUAUAUGGAGAAAUAUUGCGCUUACCCUAUUUCCUACCCAGGAUUUCACAACACUGGGGUUUUACCCCAAAAUUCAAGGAAAAUUACCAUGUUGCCUACGAAUCGAAGGAAAACCACAGAGUUUACCCAAAAUCGGUAGAUUGGGACCUGAUGUCAUCCCAUUCUACCUGUUUUGGGGAAUUUUCGAGGCUCCCCCCAAUAUCCAAUGAUACUUUGCGGAUUCCCCAAAGUUCGGCGAAAUUUACUCGGACUUGGAGAAAUUUAGGGGUUUCAUGUCAUUUCCCCAAAUUUUUUCCCCAAGACGGACAAAAUUUUCUCAAAAGUAAGGAGAUUGGGAUUUUGAUGCACUACACAAGAAGUUAAUAUGUGUUAGUUGUAACUGUUCAUUAUCAUAUAGUAAUCUGCAUAUUAAUAUAUCUAUGCCAGAUGUAACUUAAUUUACUUAGAAUUUUAAGUUUUUGAAUUGGAUAUAUGAACAUAUGACAUCAGAUAUCUUAUGUCAUACGUUUCGAAUUCGAGAUGUGGCGGAGCUGUGUGCUAACGUUAUCGCGAGCUCACGACACAAUUUAUUUGAAAGCACCUUCAUUUACGCGUAAUUUAAAAUCUAUAUCCGCCCGCUUAGUCUCCCAUCACUAUCUGUCGCGCUUCACCACCCUUUGUACAUCAUCCGAACAGCUUGAUCAACAGUAUAUGUUGUUGACAUUGUGACCUUGUUCAUUCCCCGUAACAUUCCUGAGACUAUCUUCAGUCUUUAGUCGGCACUUGAUCUUGAAAUCCUUCUCCCGGCUACUUACAACCAAUGAUUCGGAGUGGUCAACAAAAUAGGAUAUUGCUGUAAAUUCGAUCUGCUACAUCAGUCCCAUACAUCUCUUUGCGAUCAGAACACUUAAUCUUGUUUCGAACUUUGAUCUUUGAAUGUAAAAGUCCUAAUGUAUUCAUAAGGCCCGUAGAUACGAAGUAGUAGUUAGCACUGUGGGUUUUUUAAAACGAAGUUUGCGCAUUCCAUUGUAUUUUCUUGACCCGGCUAUUUCUUACACCGACUAGCCUAAAUUCACGAAUUUAAUUCCCAAUUUCAUUCAUCAACAGCCGCCUACCUCGACUGGUGAUUUUUUCUGGUUCAGGAGCAGACGUCAAGAAACACAGGAGUGGGUAAACCAAAUUAUUGCAUCAGUCCAUCAAGUUACUGACAAUCGAACCAAAUUAUGUUAACAGUUGUAGACUACCUGGAAGGGGGCUACGUGAUUAUCGUAACCAAUGGUCGGAGACGAAAUGACAUAGCUCAAAAUCGUUUGCUAUGGCACAGGUGCAUCUACUCUUUGUCUCCCCCUAAGUCCUUAUGUUCUAAAUUCCCCACAACCUUCGUUUUUAAUUUACUUAUUUGUGUUUUCUCAAAUCGCCUAUUCGAUGUUUAGUCUUUCCUAUUACCACUGAUACUGCUACUACCUCUACUAUUCUGAGACUUGGCCUGAAAAAAUCUGUGCUAAUAGGGUAGGGUGACUUAAACAGAUAUAUAUACGUACAGGUUCCACGUUGUGACUGACUGAGUGACUGUUUAUAGUGUCACUUAUUAAACUAUUCCACCUCAGUCGGGAAAAUGUCCGCAUGCAUUUGAUUUUUCUGUAUGAUAAUAUAAUAGUCAACGGCGAAUAAUUUAAUAAAGUGACCGUGUUUUGAUGACUUUUGCUUUUGAAUCCCACGCUAUAGGUGCUCUUUAUCUGGAAACUAGCUUUCUAGAUCCAAAGUAAAUAAUCAAAGUACUGUAAUAUGCGUGUCCGUUGUUUAGAGAUAUAUAAACUUAUAAACCACUGUGUAUCAUUCACAGAUUGAACAGUGAGAUGUUUAUUUCUUUAAGACGAGCCAAUUAAUGUUACUCGUUUAUUAACUAUAGGUCGUUGGUUCACUUGUAACCGACUAUCUUAUCACAUAUGUGUAUAUAUUCUGGUGUUUGUGUUGUACAUUUUAUUUAUUUAAACACCUAAACAUCGGUACAAAGAAAUACAAACUAUAUAUGCGCCACAUAAAUCGUUCGAUCUGUGUGAGGGUUGAAAUUCCUCCCGGGUGCCUAUAUCGAAGCAGGGAGAGUGAGAAUGUAACUCAAUAAAUACAUUUUCUAUCGUUGACUAACUCCAACUAUGCCUAUCAAAUUAAUAAUGUCAGAGUAAUAAUUAAGCUAAAAAACUAUACAUUAUCAUAGACGAACAACUGUGCUCUCGAUGAGAACGCUGAUAUCUGCACUGAAAAAGUCAACAAUGUACAACUACAGAAUAACAUAACACGAACAAAAAAUCACAUUUUUACAUAUUAGGUGUUCUCUGUCUCUCCAAAUCCUCAUUGCUAUUGUGUGGCGCAUAUAUAUUUAAUGCCCCCUUUUAUUAAUGUUUUUGUUCAAAUAAAUAAAUAAUUCCUUUAUAUUUUUCGUGCUGUUUUUUAACCCUUAUGUCUUUAAUCAGAGAAUUGUGGAUUCAUGGCGGGAACAGUGGAAACUGGAAGUAGUGAGUCGGAUGAGUCUGUUGAGGCAUGGUGGGAGAGUUUUUUAAAGCAAAAGCUUGCUGAUGAUGAGUUAGAUGUAGAGCUUCGGUCUGCAUGGGAGAACUGUGUUCAGAGACGAGCUAAAUUUGCUCAAGAAGUCAAACGAAUAAUGGAGUUAUAUCAACCAAUAGAGAAGUUACUUAACUCUACACUUAAAUCCGAUCGUGAACAACGAGGUCAAAGUCUCUAUAGAGAAUGGGGCAAAAUACGUCGAAAAGAAUGCCUUUUAGCUUAUUACGAUAACGACACAUUUCGCGCCACUUACACUCGACAACGUUAUAUAAAUAGUUCUACAAGUUUCCUUCAGGCUUUAGUUUAUCGAAUUAUACCGGGAAAUCCAGAUGUUGAAAUUUAUUUACGGGACCAUGUUAGUCGUAUAAUUAGUAUUGGUGUUGGUCCCGGACCAGAUAUAGCUGCUUAUUUGGCAUAUGCACGUUGUCGUGGCUUUACUCAACGUAUUAUUUAUUUCGCCAUUGAUCAAUGUGCUGGAUGGGGUAAUUAUCUAGCUGCUUUUGAUCGUCAAUGGUCAUCUGAAUAUCAAGUGUCUGUUUGGUUUAAAAGUUCACGUUUUAAUAAUCGAGAUGAUGUAGAGACCUUACCAGAUGCAGAUAUGAUAGUAUUUAGUUUUGCGAAUACAGCUCUUAUGGCUAGUACUAUUUGGCCGUUGUUACAACAGCGUUAUCGAUUCAUCAUUGUUUUAGAUGGAAUUAAGGAGUUAAGUGAUUUGUGGAGAAUACUAAUAUAUGGGUAUGAAAUCCAGCUUUGAGAAUAAAGGAUAUUACUAUUUGAUUAUUAGUGUAUUCGAAGCAUUGCUCACGUAUGUUGUGACCACGAAGUAAUCACUGCUGAGGUUAGACACAAUUUACUAGGUAAAAAUGGCAAACUGUUUAACGAGGCAGUAAAUCCUCAUUGACUUAGUCGGUUGGGUCAUUUAUAAUGUAUGCCUAAAGACAACCUACAAGAACACAUGAUGAUCACUUCCUUAAGGGCUGAUUGAAAGAAAGGAACGGCCAAACUAAGAAGUGGUAUCAGUUCAUGCAGUCAUUGAUCUUUUAACCCAACUGUGUUGAUUGGUCUAGGUUACCUGGUUGGGUUCCGCAUGGUUGUAGAUGUGUGACAUGACUUAUAAUUGGUCUUAGUCGUGCACAUGUAUUUGCUUCCCAUCUACUUUUCGAUCUUGGGUUUUUAAAAUCAUCCAAUGUUUUUUCUAUUCUAUUAAUUCAUUCUUUCUUGAAUCCUUUUGUCUAGGCCUAAUGUUUUCUACUACUCUUACAUUUAUCUUGAUAACUUCAUUUGUUCGUAUUGAUCUUAUAUAGUAAUUUGAGCGGGGGCAUAUGUGUUCUUAGUUAUAUAUCUCUGAUGGCUGACUCAACCCACGAAUUAUCGAAACUUCUCAAUAACACCCUUUCAUGACCCUCUUCCUCGCUACCAUUGGAAUUUAUCAGUUGCUAUUUUCCUUUAAAAUUGUUGCAAAUUCAUCCUGAUGGCUGUCGCUGGUGCCCAUAAGAUCUUUAUUCUGAUUGGAUAGUUAGUGAGGAGCUUUCGAGUCAGUUAACGUCUACGAGAUCUAAAUGUUCUACACUAAAUCGCACCUCAUACUCAAAAGGAAUUGUGCUAGACGCUAUAUAGAACGAUAAUUUGUUUGUAUUAAUAAUAUUUGGCUGAAGUGAUUUAGUAACAAGUUCUAGAUUUAAGUAUCAUGCUAGUAACCUUAAGGCGGCAUAUUGUAACUUUAGUCUUAAAAAAGUAAAUGUUCUCCAUAACGUACUUACUCAUAUCAUCAAUUGUUGCAGUUUUGAACAUUACUUAUUAGCUAUUCAUCUUGAAACGGAACUAUUUGAUUUGCCCACAAUCUAGAUGAAGCUUAUAUUCCUUUAAAAAGUUCGAAAUCGUGUCGUACUGUCUUCCGAGAGUGGUGAGAGUCGUCACUUCCUCUCAAAAUGCUCUAACAUGGCCACGCGAAUAUAUAGCCUCUAUCAGGGAAGUUCUACUCACUGCCUUCUCACGGCAUUGCUGUUUACGAAAUUGAAAGGACGAAAAGCGAAUCUCCGACAGGAGCUUUAACUGGGUUGGUGGACACAUAAAGUUCACCUAGGAGAGUUGGAAAACCCUAAUUUCAAACGAAUGGUGCACAUGGGCUCCAGUAU